AUGCACAGUGGGAACGGGCAGUGCCAGGACGCCACGUAUCCCGAAGAGGUGAGAGCGUGGAUACGCUCCGAAGACCUGAAGACGCAACGAAGGGCCAUCCAGCGGCUUAAGGAGGCUUUGGCGAAGCAACGGAGAAAAGGAGCCGACGACCCGUCCAACGGGCGCGGAGGCACCCGACAGCGACGGAUGCUCGACUAUUGCACCAAGGUUGAGGAGGGUUACGGUGCGCGCAAGGACCUUUACAGAUCCUUGGUUGAUAAACGUGUCGCAAUCGGCCUGUACCGACUGUGUUCCUCAGCCGAAGAACGCAGUAUCGCGGAGUUGUUCGCCGUGGGACGCUCAACCGUGAACGAAGCCUACAAAGAAUUGUGCGAAGCCGUGAUCGAGACUAUGGAGACCAAGUGGGUCAACAUGCCCACAGUGUCGAGCAUGGCAGAACACAUCCGCGAAUUCAAGGCAAUGUACAGCAUGAUUCUUCUGGCACUGGUGGACCACCGGUACAGGUUCCGGUACGUCAGUGUGGGAUCGCCUGGCCGGUGCCACGGCUCUUACGUCUACCAACGUUCGCUGCUGGAAAAUGCGGUCCAGGGACAUUUGUUCCGCCGGCCACUACUCACUAUCAGUGGCAUUGCUGUGCCACCUCUGAUCCUGUGUGACCAGGCCUUCCCACUGACGGCGAACCUCAUCAAACCAUUCAGUCACAGGGCACAGUUGAGCAACGAACAAAGGUUGUUCAAUUACAACCUUUCCAAAGCUCGCCGCAUUGUUGAGAAUGCAUUUGGUAGGCUAAAGGCAAGGUUUCGCUUCAUCAUGAAAGGGAUGGAGUGCGACCUUGACACCUCUCGCCUUGCCAUCCGUGCCUGCUGUGUUCUCAACAAUAUGUGUGAGCAUUUCGGUGACACUCUGCUCCAACACUGGCUGGUUGAGGUUCAGAACAACGACAAGGAGCUCCAACAGCCUGACCAUACCACAGACGUUGUAGAAGGCACAGGUUGCGACGUGAGAGAAGCUCUCGUGAGACAUUUUCAGCUCAGCUGUGCUGGAAGUGCCUAA